GCGUCACCCAACUUUAAUUUGGACAUUUCCGAGUAGCUGUGAACGCAGCACGGCGCAGAGUUUUGUGCCACUCUAUUUUACUUCUUCUUCCACGAGGGAACCAUACCGAGCCACCUUCUCCACAAGAAACGUAUUGAGGUUCUCUACCUCCUCCUUCUUCUCGUGAGCCUUUUUGAACCACUGAGCUGCCAACAUGGCUCGCAGCGGUUCCUCCCCGCCCCGAGCUCCACCAUGCCCAUCUUCAAGAACCUCCCGGUGCGCCUGAAAGGUGGCCCCACUUUGGACAACGCCUUGUUCAUUCGCAGAAUGAGCCUGAACAUCAACCCCCGCCACCACAACCCCUUUGACAAUGACGACGACGAUAGCCGCGGCGACCAAUCCUGGUCGGCGGGUGGAUCUUUCCUGGACGGCAGCGUUCCCGGGGACCGCAAUCCCUUCGAGGACGAGGAGGAUGAGAACGAGGCCAACGAGGGCAAGAAAGCCAAACGGGGCUCGGGGAAGGGAUCCUUCAUCAAGUCCCCCCUGAAGAGUUUGGGGAAGCUGGGGAAGAAUUUGAGGUUGUCGGGGCGAGGGAAGGACGGCACGCCGUCGCCGCAGGGGACGCCGUCACCGGCGGACAAGAAGAAGAGAGGUCGCAGGAGCUCCGAAGGAAGUCUACUGAAGUUUGCAGGCAAAUAUCGUGACACCCUCAGCUUCCGUAAAGAGACUCUGGCCAACGGUGACGUCAAUUGCUCCGAGAGCGAGUGCGACUCAUCCAGCCGCCGCCUGUCCUUCAUGAAGAUGGUCGGCCUCGGCAAGACCAAGCGAGAGCUUGGGGCCGAUCCCUCCUUGCAGGGUCCCGAGGACCAGCUGGUGCGCAAGGAGCCCCAAGUGGAAGUCAAGCCCAGGGAGCCGCUGUCAGUGCUGGAGAUCCUUCAGCUGGUGAAGAAACGGGAUCUCCUCCUGGCCGACAGUCACAUCCUGGAGCUGGAGCAGGAGUGUAACGGGCCGGAGGGUGGCCCGUCUCCGGAGGAGUCGGGCAGCCCGACCGGCGGCGUGAAGGACGGCGGGCGGCGGAAGGCCAAAGAUGUGGAGCUGCUGUACGAAGAGCUGCAGAAGGAGUUGUGGGCGGUGGUCCGGGAGUCUCUACGCUCGCCCACCGCCGGGCCUAACCUCGGCCUGGUGGUUCAGGUCCUGCAGCAGGAGGAGCUGGUAGAUGUGGACUGGUCCUCAACGGGCGGACCGAGACCGCGGCAACUGAAGCGGCGAUGGAGGGAGGCAGUGGAGGAUGCGGCCGAUGGAUCGCUUCCUCAAAAAGCCGAGUUCACAGUUGGGGAUCUGGCCAAGUACCUGGACCGCAUCCGGGCUCGCGUGGUGGACGACUUAGAUGCCGCUAAGAGGAACGUGGUCAACAUCUACCCCGAGGAGUAUCAGGCGAUGCAGGUGUACUUACAAAGCUACCACCAGGCGGUUGCCAGGCGUCUGCAGGCCAUCACCAAGCAGCAGCUGCAGAUCACCGACAUUUACUCACUCCUGGACUGGCUACACAACAUAUAUAACAGGGAUGUUUUGGCAAAAGUGUGUGUGUCGGAUCCUUUGAGAGGCUCCCAGCUGGGACCUCUGCUUGCUUCGGAUGUCGUGGACAGGCUGGAACAAGACUGCCUCAACUCAGUCAGGGCUAAAGUGACCACCGAGUUGAGUCAAGUCCUGGACGAAGAGGAGAAGAGGUGGUUGGAGACACUGCACACGGAGGAGUACCACAUCCCUCUGGCAAAAACCAUCAUACAGAGGAUGCAAGUUGAUCUGGAACGUUCCGCCACCAUCAACAGAAGUUUGGGCUCCCGAGUAGCUCAGUGCAGCCUCAACGGCCUGGCGGACUUCCUCUACAGUUUCCAGCGUAAAGUGGAUCUUUUUCACGAGGGGAUGCAGAACGGAAUGUUUGGAGAGCAUGAGGACGGCUACGUAUCCAAAACCGUGGCACUUGUCAACUGCUGCCCGCCUUUCAGAGGUUUCGUUCAGCGAUGCGUUCCUCGCGAGACAUUGACGACAGCCAGCGAUGAGUCCCUGCGGCGCGCCAACAAAGCGCUCAACCACAUCGUCCAGCAGGGGGUGCGAGUGCUCUCGGAACGCCUCUUCCUCCACAUCAGGCCCUUCUUUGAGCGCUUGGUGAAGAGAAAGUGGCUAAGCAACACGGAGGCGUACGAACAAAUCGAAGCGGUGAUCAAGGAACACUUUAAAAAAUAUCACAGGAUGGAUGAACCUCCUUACCAGCUCCUUGUGGCGGAAGUUCACCGGCGUGUCCUGAUGGAGUACCUUCGCUCGGUAAUGCGAGGGCGGAUCAUCUGCACGUCGCUGAAGAAGAGGAAGAGGAUGGCCGGACGGCUCCGGGAUGAAGGACGGCAGAUUAAAGUGCUCUUCAAGGAUCUGGAGUCUCCGUCAAGCUGGUUAGAUGGAGCUCUGUCUCACAUCUCGGAGAUCAUCCAACUCGAGGAUAUUCCCUCUAUUCAGAUGGAGGUCGGAGUUCUUGCCCGAGAGUUUCCAGAUAUCAGGAAGAAGCACGUGUCGGCCAUUUUGAACAUCCGCGGCAUGACGCGACAACGCGAGCGCCAGGAAAUCCUCAACAUCGUCAAGGACAUCGAGAGCGGCGCGGGGGCGAGCGACGGCGGCACGGGCACAGAGGGCGGUGCCGCGGGUCCUGCCCGUAUUACCCGGGACCGCGCCCUCUUCUCCGAGGUGCCUGUGACUUCCGAGGUUCACUGCCUGAACGUGGGCCUGAGCCGCGUGGCCCUCGCCGCCUCCUCCUGCUACACUACACUGCGACCCCGUGGACGAAAGGCUCGGACGCCGACGCAUGACAACGCGGAUGACAUCCUCUGAAGUGGAGGCGAGAUCGCAAAGACUUUUGGAAAGCUUUCUUUUGGAUGAGAUGCCUCCACAUUUUCUUUUUCUCCUCAAGCCACCUUGAUGGUAAACUAAGCAAAGCUAAACUUUUCUGAAAGGUUUUAAGAAUGAACCACAUUAAAGAAAGAAAGCUAGCUAAUGCUUUUUGAAUGGAUGCAAUAAUAAGGAGCUUUUGUGGCAAACUACACUUCUUGACGCUUCCCAAUGUCUUAGAGGAUUUUUUUAAUGUGACUGAUAUUUUGAGAAUUUUUCUUUUUAUCAUCAUUCUUAACUUUCUUGGGAGCACUUUAGCCAGCAGGAUCUCUGUCUUUCUUUUUCUUCUCAUUUAUAUUGUUGCACAUGAAAAAGAGAAUGCUUAGAAAUAUGAAUCAUGGUACUAGAUGACGUCAUAUUGAUUGUAUUUAAAACUGAGAUGGAAGGGAAUGUGUAACCCACAUAUAAAUGAUGUUUGGGUGGUUAAUUAUGAUCAGUGAUUGAGAUGUAGUGCAAAAAGAAACACAGAAAAAACAAAUUAACUGACAUUCUAAUGAUUACCUUUUAUUGUACACGCAGAUUUGUAGUUAGAAUUUCAGAGAUCAAAAGUGGAAAAUACGAUUUUAACUCACAUAAUUUAUUAGUAGUGAACGACAUUGAUUCUUGUCAAUGGAAAUAUUUGCUGUUGAUGAACAUUCCGCUGAAAAUUAAGAGUGAGUUACUCAGUAGCUAUCUGCCCACCAUUAGGCACUUUUUCCAAGAUAAAACAUAAAUGAAAGUUUACUGACUCCUCUUCUGUUGACUUUGUAUAUGUGAAUUUAUGUAAAUUGAUUAACGGCAAUAAAAACAGAUUCUGUCUAUCAAA